UCAAGAUCGUACUUGCUCCCCACGACCAAAACCAGACCUAGAAGGUAUAACUACAACUCAACAAAAGCAACUCGAACGUCGCUCCGAUAAGCAACUCUCAAAGCCGGAACAGUGGUACGCGAUUUAUACGAUAUUAUUUCCAGGUCAACCGCAUCCAGACAGUCCGUACUUAGAGAGCGACUUAUCUUCCGAGCUAUUGUUAUUACAGAAGUUCAUAGCAACGGAUGGGCUAGAAAUUGUGGAACGUAAAGCUCGGGAACAUAUACCGCUAGAUUUAAUGCCACACGAGGAUGAGGUGCUAGCCUACUCACAGACCUUAUUUCAGCAAGCAAUACCAGAGAUACUCCAAAGAUACGACGCCACUAGACCUAUUAACAGCGGUCCUGAGAUACUCAAAAGAUCUGGGUUAUCUUCGUUAAAUGGAAACGAUUGCGACUCCGGAUAUGGUACAUUAUCCCAAGUAAGCCAAGAUAUAAGUACCCAGAAUAAGAAACUGGACACACACAAAAAGCAGGAUCACGCUAUAACGAAUGGGGUCGACCACAUUGGUUUCGACUGGACAUCAAUUGAUGGUGUUCAGAUACAGGCCUCAUUAACGAAAAGUCAAGUGACAGCAGAUACAGCCCAAUCUCAAGAUUUACCUACUGUUCAAAUAAGCCUCGAAGGAAGCUCUCAGAAAUUUACACAUUAUGGAUCUCUAGAUUUACCAUCCAAUUUUACGUUAUAUCCCUGUGAUGAACACCAGCUCUUUGGAUUGAAUGAGAGCGAAGCAACAUUAGCUAACGGCACAUACAAUUGGGAUGCUGCUGUCGGCGCCAUAUUCGAUAACAAUAGGACUUCAGGGUCGACGGAUCAUAGCUAUGAAUUCUAGAAUUUAGGCUACGGUCAAGAGUUAGACACGGCUCUAAUAUGGAUACGCCAGUGCUGCAGGCGGACUGGCGGAUUGGCAGAUAAAAGGGGGUCGAAAGAUGCGGGACAUCAACAUCUAUAGGGUUUAUUAUAGGCUGAUUAAGUUGUGAGCACUUACAGUCAUUAUAUAAUCAUAACAAGUAAAAUAUCUCUUCACUAACGGUCAACUACUUUACAAUACAU